UGCUGCAAUGAAAAUAACGAAACCUUAAAUGUCAGAAGUUAAAUCUUUUAUGGCAGCUGUUUCUAUUUUUCUAGUCGGUAUUGGCAUAUUUUGAUCAAAGUGCAGGAUCAUAAUAUUAAAUAUGAUGAAAAACGUAGACACUUGAUUAUAAAAUUCCCAUUUUAUUACUAAUUAUUUCUUAUAAUUGCUUAAAAAUCAGUUCUACCGGGGAAAAUGCCUGGUCUUAUUAUGUUCAGACGCCGCUGGCGCAUUGGCAGUGAUGAUUUUGUUUUUACUGCUAUUGGGGAAUUCAUUGUAACAUUAUUAUGGUUUGUAGCUAUCCUUGUUACAUUUAUAACUCACAGAACCCACUUAAAAUGCAAGGGAGAACGGCUAUUGCACACUUAUCUGUUGUUUUCGUUGGUGAUAUUGCUAUUUAUUUUAUUCUUAGACUUGCUAAUUGGGUGGAUUAGCUCUAGAGGGACCAUCACUCAGACGAGGCCUAGACGUCAUCUUAGUAAAAUUUUAUAUCUAAGAUUGCUAGUUAUGAUACCAGAAAUUGUAUGGAACGCUCUUGGUACUAAAUGGGCAUUUGCUUCUCAAGAUCAUUUAUGUGAACCACAUGAAGUCGUAAUUUCAGUUCAGAUUAUUGCUAUUUGUAGUUGGAUUUUAUUUGGAGUCUUGCUUCUUGCUGUUUUGUUAGUUUUUGAUCCCAUUAAUUCUUAUCGCAAUAAUGGAAGCAGGCAUCGAGUUGCUGAUGUUGAACAUGGCCAGCCUCAAGCUCUUUAUAUUAACCUAAAUUCUGAUAACGUGGAAAGGGCGAAGAAAGUUUGGGAGUGGAGGCUACGUAUGCUUUGUUGCUGUUUCACUAGCCAAGAUGAGCAGAGUAAAAGUGCUUUUUCCACAAUUUCCAAAUUGUUAACUUACCAUUUUGAAGAUGUGGACCUUGUUCCUUCAGAUAUUGCUGUUGGUCUAAUCCUUCUUCAACAGAAGCAGGCAGCUGAAAAUGCUAACAGAGUUUCUACCUCACAACAUUCUGAGAAUUACUCCAUUCAGUCACCCGAUUCAUUAACUAGCACUGGUGCUGUUCAAGGUAGCAUUAUUUCUAGUCCUGGUGUCUUAACUCCUCCUGCCAACCAGUUUUGGAUGACACUUGAGCUUGCCUGUCAUUUUAUGAAAUUUGCUGAAGGAAGCUACGGCUGGCCUAUGUUUCUUUACACCAACUGUUUCGCAGGAAUGUGCCAAAUAUGGAGAGACAUCAGGUGCUGUGCCUGCUGUUGCAAACCUCCGAGCUAUAUUGUUGAUGAUAACUGUUGCCAGUGUCAUACCGCUGCUUUAAAAUAUGUCACAGGCCUCACCGAUGAAGAUUUGAUUUUUGUCUCUUUCCACAAUAGAGUCUAUGAGAUACCCUUCUAUGUAGCUAUUGAUCACCAAACCUGUUCUGUCGUUGUUGCCAUUAGAGGAACUCUGACUCUAUCAGAUUUAUUGACAGAUCUUACGGCUGAGUGUGAUCGACUUUUUACCGACAAUUGCCCUCAAGGUAUUUUCUGUCAUCGAGGCAUGCUGAGGGCUGCUAUGUUUGUUAAGAAUAAAUUGGAAGAGAGCCAUGCCCUGAGCGAUGCAUUUGCACUCCAUCAAAGUUAUUCACUCACAAUAACAGGCCAUAGUUUAGGUGCAGGGACUGCUGCUCUUCUUUCAAUGCUCCUUCGUCCUAUUUAUCCAAACCUCCGUUGUUUCUGCUUCAGUCCGCCAGGUGGCCUUCUGAGUUUCGAAGCUGUUAAAUACUCAGAAGAUUUUGUUAUGUCAGUGACCUUGGGGGAUGAUAUAGUGCCAAGAUUGAGUGUGCCAAAUGUAGAAGAUAUGAAAAGAAAGAUACUUAGUUGUAUUUUAGAUUGCGAACAGCCAAAAUAUAAAAUAUUUUUACAAAAAUUGUUUCAUUGUCUGGGAAAGAAACAGUCUCACUCAGAUACAACUACUGCUCCUUUAUCUAGGCCUUUAUUGGAGAAUUUUGGUCAUACAAAUUCUAGUGGAAAUUAUACUACAAAUAGUUCACAGGAGGGUUCAUCUGAAGGCAGUAUGAGUAGUGGUCAAAAUACAACACACUCACGCCCAUCAGCCCCUGUUCCACUGUAUAUUCCUGGUCGCAUACUGCACUUAACACCUACAGACUCCAGCUACACUGGAAGAUGGGUGACCGCUGACUACUUUAACCAAAUUAUUAUAAGUCCUAGAAUGGUUACUGACCACAUGCCUUACACUGUGCACUCUGGUCUAAAGCAGUUAAUAGGGAGUUCUGGAAACUUUCCAUAACACAUACUUUCCUCUAGUAGUGAAAGUGAUACAAAAUGUUUUUAUAAUCAAUAAAAUGGAAAUACGUACGAUUUGCCAUUUCAAAGUUUUCUCCAAAGAGCCUAAUUCACAAGUUAUAAGAAAUGGUCUCAAUUAAUUCUAGUAAAAAAGGAGAUUUAUGGCAAGUAUUUGUUGGUGAAAAAUAUUCAGAGAAUAUUUUUAUGUUUUUAUUUAUAUUGUACAAAAAUGUAUCUUUACAAUAUGACUUACAGUAGAUAGUCUAUUUAUCUAAUACAUAUAGAUACUAUUGAUGUCCUACUUUUUUAGUUUUGGUGCUGUCUUUAUUGUUUUAUUUUAUAAAGCACAUUAUUUUUAGUGUGAAUUUUGUUAUGGAUAAAGCGUGAAGGAAAGAUAAACCUUAAGGAUGGGGUUUUUAUCAGUUAAAGCCUGGAGUAUCUUCAAUGCUUUAUUUGGCUGAAACCAUAAAACCAAAAUUUACAAUAUAUAUUGGUAAAGCAAUAUAUUAUUAGGUGAUAUAUAUAGGUAUAGUGCCCACAAGCCCCUUGUGAUAUUAGGAUUCACUAUAAUGAUUUUUUUUUUUACUUUAAAGGUCAUUGCCUGGUAUUCCUGACAUUAGUAUUUUUUUACGGUUAUGAACUAUUACCCGGUGUUAUUGCACUAGUGUUUAUGGUCAAGGGCUAUCAAACAGGUAAUAGUGUGGUUUGUAAAUACCGGCUUCAGACUUCUUAGCUUUAAUUUUGCUUUAUUAGUUACAUUUCUAUUAAAUGGAAAGUGAAGGUUUACAAAAAUUUUACCUCUUAUAUUUUUUCUCUAUAAUGACUUGGAAUGAAACUGC